CCUAGGAGCAUCUCUAUGCUACUAGUCUUCCAUGCAUGCCACAUGUGCUGCUGCCAUGUUGUCACCUUGUUGGCGCCAUGUCAUCUGCCACAUGUGACAGCACCCAGUGAAGCGAAGCAUUGAAAAAAUCACUCGCGGGUGUGGGGAUUCGAACCCGCGCCACUUCUCUGCCGAACAGACAUGUCAGCCAACAGACUACGUACGCAUCUUUUGAUUUGAAGGCGCAGCGUCUGCCUUUUAAGUACUCUUGGCGCUCAGGCCCACGACGCAUCCGCAACCCACACUCGCGCACCAUGCAGCUCAACACUCGCGGCCAGACUCGCAGGCGGCCCAACUCGCGGCCCGCGUUCAACAGACAAGAUUCCUCAAAAAAGAAAUUGUUGUAGCCGCGAGGACUCGAACCCGCGCCACUCCACCCCUAGACAAGCAACGUCACCAGCAGGCUACAUGCACGCUUGGUGAUCAUUGGGCGCAGUACUCUCAUAUCAACGAACCCGCGCCAUCACCAACUCCCGUCAAAAAAAAUUGUCGUCUAUCCCUUGGUGAUCAUUCUGCUCCAAGGGCGCAGCGUCUGCAUUUUAACAACUCUUCGCGCCGCUUCGCCAAUAGAAAGCUAAGUACUCUAUCCCUUUAUCACUAUCAAAUAUUGAAAUAUUUUAUUUGAAAUAUUUUACUCUCAUGAGCGUUAAUGGCGCUAAGGGAGAGGGCACAUUGCCUCGAAGACUCCAAAAUGAGGGUUAAAAACCCCGACGAGGAGGGCUCCAAACUGAGGGUUAAAAACCCCGACGAGGAGCCACAAAUAAGUCUCAACGAAGCACACAAAUAAGACUUCAAUAAGAGCAUCGAAGACUCCAAACUGAGGGUUAAAAAACCCCGACGAGGAGGGCUCCAAACUGAGGGUUAAAAACCCCGACGAGGAGCCACAAAUAAGUCUCAACGAAGCACACAAAUAAGACUUCAAUAAGAGCAUCGAAGACUCCAAACUGAGGGUUAAAAACCCCGACGAGGAGCCACAAAUAAGUCUCAACGAAGCACACAAAUAAGACUUCAAUAAGAGCAUGGAAGACUCCAAACUGAGGGUUAAAAACCCCGACGAGGAGAACUCCAAACUGAGGGUUAAAAAAAAAAAAACCGACGAGGAGAGCUCCAUGAAGAAUCUACAAUGAGUGAAGGCUACACGCCUUAAUGAAAUACACCAACUGGGGGGCAAGACGCAAGAAGCUGGCACCGCGUCAGUCAAACGCGCCACCAGCUGGGGGGCAACUGGGGUACAUAGGGCUCCACCCAAAAUUACCGACGAAGAAUAAAAAAAAAGUAAUAAGCUAGCGAUGAGUUAAGACUCACCACCAGCUUGGGGGGCAAUUGUUGGGGGUGUUACUAAAUACUCCAAGCGCGGACUAAAUAAGGGCGCGCUCAAUCGGUAACGUGCUCGGGACGAACGCCACUACGAAGUAUUUAAAGGCAUGAAACUCCCCAUUGAAAGGGACUUUUGGCUCUCCCUCCUCACUUUCCAUUUUCCAUUAUCUCUCUACACAUUAUCUCUCUACCUUGUUCUCUCAACUUUCACCUUACAAAGAAGCUGACUUGAUCGUCGGAGCUGAAUCCGGGGGGCAACCCCGGCUCUUUCACAGGUUCUCUCCCUCCCGCCGAGAUCCGACGAACGGAUGACGAGUCAACCCACACCAACAAAUAUCAUUGUUCAUACCCGAGCUAGUAGGUUCAAACAAUAAUCAUUUGAAGUGCUAUUAUCAAUAUUUUUUUCCAAGCACAAUACAACCAUUAGCAAAAAUUUAAUUCAUUUGUAAGAUUGCUUAUGUUUAGUAAUUUGAAUUAUUAAUAUUUUUUCGUUUAUGUUUGUAACUUUGUCAAAUGUCAUUAUCAAGAAGCAUACUUGUUAGAUAUUCGUUUGUUUAUGACAUUAUCAAAAGUGAAUUUACGUUUAAAGAUAUAACUAUGGUUAUUAAUCUUUCAGUCUAAGUUAGUAACGUAGUUGUCAUUAUUAAUAGGCGUGUAUAAGCAUUAUCAAUGUUUGAAAAUAAGAUAUUAAUAAUAUCUAAUAAGGUACUUAACAAUCAUUAGUUGCUAUCAUUAUCAAAGUUUUUGGAUACAUUGUCUAUUAAACACAUGUGACUUAUUAAUGCGUUUUUAGUGCUAUUUGACAUUAAACAUUGCAUCAGAAUAUUAUUAAUAUUUUUAUAUUACAAAAAUCUAUUUCCUUAUCAGUGACUUGAUUCGAUAUUAAUGGGUUUUAGUAUCUUUAUUAAAAGUUUGAUGUCAUUUAUAAUGUUGAAGUCGGAUAUUUUUACAUUGAUGUUUUGUGUUUAUUUUCAAUGAAAUACUUUUCGUUAUCAAUGAUUUAUUGUAUUGUUAUUAAAAGUUUGGUGUUGAGGCGUGAAUGUUGGUUUGCUUGAGCUAAUAUUUUCUGGACAAUGUUUGUUUGACUGAAUCACACAGGUGCACUAUGUCACAAGUACCCAAGAUGUUGAAAAUUAGUAUUGUGCUUUAUGAUCAUUAAGAAUGAUAAUGUAAAUCAAUAUUAAUUGACCAUAAAACGUUAGUAAUGUCAUUAGAAAUCAUUGGAAGAGGCCAUGACUAGAUAGUUAUAAACAUGAUGUGAAAAUGUGAAUCAUUAGUAUUAAAGAUGUUGUAAAUCAAUGAUAUUGUUAUUCAAACUAUUAAUGACUAUGUUACAUAACUUUAAUGAUUCAUUCAUAGGCGUUGAUGACGAAACUAUAAAACAGUAACAAUUGAUCCAAAAUUGUUAAUAAUGUAAUUGUAAGGAAUUGAUAAGUAUGUUGAAGUCGUUAAUAAUGAUGAGGUAUAAUAAUGAUUCAUUUCACAAAUUUUGAUAAUGUCAUUGCAAAAUGUUAAUACUGUAUUGCAAGUUGCCACGAAGUGAGAGAGCAUAUAUUUUUAAUUUUCAAUUUUCAUUUUAAAAAAUAAAAAAUAUUAAGUUCGAAUUUAUUAAAUAUUAAAUAAUCGUAUUUAAUUAAAUUAAUUUCGAAUUUCCUUUUAAUUGUAGUGGAGAGAGAGCGUUAUGGAGAAGAUCAAGGGGGAGAGAGAAAGAGAAUCAUUAAUGACUAAUAUUAAUUAUAUUUUCAUAUUAUCUUAUUCAUUCCAACUAACUAUUAACUACUAACCCCUUUUAACUACCUAAUCUAGUAUCAGUCAAUAAGAAUGGUUUAAGAACCUCCUUAAACAAUGAGGCUUAAGGACCGGAUCCAACCCAAUGAACAUCUGUACAUUAGACUCGCCAUUCAGGAAUGUGAUUUGAGCAGCAAAUCAAUAUCAACUAGUUUUCAUACAAAGAGAAUUACAUAAGACCUCAUAUAAUUCAGCAUUCUUUUUGUUCUCUAAUCAUCUUUCUCCACAAACUCUCCCUCCAAAUAAAUUUUGAUACAUUUUAUCUUAAUGAGUAAUGCGUUAUCUAAUAAUGAUAUUUUGAAAAUUGAUAUUCAACUAGAUAGCUUUAGCUAGGUAUGUGUGAUAUGAGGAUGGAUAAGUGGUUUGGCGGAAUAGAUGGAAUUGAUAUGUUUUUUAUAAUAUUUAUAUGACUAAACAAAUCGAUGAAUUAUACGUUCAUUAUUAGAAGACAUUUGAAACACAAAUCUCACUUAUUGUACAGUUUUGACUCUAAACUAUGAGUUUGUCCUCCCAUACGUGUUGUCAUUACAACACAUUUUAGCGGUUUAUGUGUUUAUAUGACUAAACCAAUAUGAUGAUCUAAAUCACAAAGUAGCAUAUAUGUAUCUAUUUAAGUGCUUACUUAUCAAACACACCAUGUUUUCAUAUAGAAAAAAUAGCGUUGUUAUCAGUUUCCGUUUGGUAAGUAUUGAAACACAAUUUUUUCCAUAAUGAGAUACAUGAAUAAUAACAUUCAAAGUUAAAUGAUUGGUGAAAUUAUGAAUGAUUCUUUAAUAGGUUCAACACACUGAGAUUGACAUCUUACUACCCUCGUUUGGCACGAAGUAUAGCGUUAGUGACAGUUCUGGCCCCAUUUUUUAAAAUCAGACAUUUCUGGCCCACUUUUCAAAUUAUCGGACAAACUUGGCCUGUGGGAUGGUUUGACUGUCAGAUUUGACGGUCAACCAUUUUCUCCGUUGCUGACUCAGUAUUCGACUCUGACGUGGCUUGUCCACGUCAUUUAUUGUUAUUUUCUUUAAAAAAAACAUAAAGGGAAGGAGAGACACGAGGACCACAGCAGCCCUACCAUUUCCCCUUCGUCUUCUUUCUUCAUGCCUCACCCCACCAUACCAGAGCUCCUCUGAAAAACCAAAUCGGAGUCGCCAGCCCUCGUCGCCCGUGUCACCGCCACCGCCAAUCCUCUUCCUCUUCGUCGCCUUCCCUCGCCACCUGUGAUAGACCGAUAAUUACACAUGUUUUCACCCCUAUUCUUGAGCCGUUUGAGAGGUUGACUCUCGGGUUUUAAGCCGAUUUCACGCGAGGUUGUGUGUUUAUGUCGUAUUUCAGGACCCGGCGUUGGAAUCGAGGCGAAGGAGCGAGAUUCGGGUCGAAAGGAGCAAGUGAGGCUUGAAGUGUGCUGGAGGAAGAAAAUACCCGGCCAUGACCAAAAAUACUCGGCCGGGUAUUAUUCUUAGGAGGCCGGGUAUUUAUUGUUUUGGCACCCGUGAGAAACAGGAGGGGUCCCGGGCUGAAGGCAAAAAUCCCCGACUGGGGAUUCUUGGGACAGACCGGGUAUUUUUCCCUUCCUCAAAACGUGCGUUUCAACUAUACCCGGUCGAGACCCAAAAUACCCGACCGGGUAUUUCGACCGGGUAUCGCGACAGGCAGCAGUUUUAAGGGAAAAGAAGGCUGAAAAUCAAGGGAUUAGAGUUUUGAGAGAGAGAGAGAUCGAUUCCUAGAGUGAGAAAGUGACGAACAAGAGUUCCCAAGUGCCCUAGCUUGAUCUUCAUCACCAUUGGAGCUUGGCUUGAGCUUGGAGAAGUGUCGAUCAACGUCCAGGAGCAGAAAUCCAUUCUUCGUAGUAUGAUUUCUGCGUCUGAAUCUGUUUUUGCUUCUUUCUCUAUGGAGUAGUUCUCCCAUUCAUGUGGGUAUGGAGAACCCUAGAUUUGUAUGUUAGGUCUGAUUGUAUGAACCCAAGUACAGAUUUCAUGAGUUGAUUAUAUUCGAUUGAGGCUUGAAUGAUUGAAUGACUUGAAUCCUUAUCAAAUUCCUGUUGUUUCUGCUUUAACCUAGAAUGAGAAUAUCUGCCUAGGUUGAUAGAUCAUCCUUGAUUGAAGGUAGGGAGUUGGUGACUUUAGUCGAGGAGCCAACUCACUAUUCUGUACCGAAUUCACUUUGGUAGUGGAGGUUUUGUUCGUAGGGCCUCAAUCUGUUUACUCCGUUGGAGGUUAUUCGCCCGCUGGACACUCAGAUUGAGAGGGUCUGGAGACCUUUAGUCAAGACUUCAGACUGCUUAAGAACCUUCCGCAGUAUAAUUUUCAUGGAAACUGAACUUGGUAAAUUGCAAUCCGGCUUAACUGCAGUCUACGGGGAACCAUAUCCGGGUGACCUCUCUUAACCUGAAAACAACCGUUUACUUGCUUUGUUUGUUUGUUAGUUUAGACUUGCAUUAAAGUUUCAUUGCUAGAUAACAAGAAUUCACCGAGUAGUCAUCAAAUCUAGGACCCGGGUUGACAUUAAAACCCAAACCCGCUAUACUGCGUGCUGGGAAUAAACAGGCUACUUUCUCUGUGACUGAAUUCGAUCACUGUGCUAUGAUUGUUGUCACACCUGUUCAUGCCAUUUCUGAUCAGGUACAUGAGUCUGUCGUGUAUCCUUCUGCACCUCUCAUUUUGCAGGACCCUCCUAUCAUUCCUUCGCCGCCACUCCAUCUAGUCUCGCCUCCGAACAAAACGAUCAAGGAGGAGUGGCGGCCGAAGCAGCAGGUUGCUAAGCCUGCACGGAAGAAGGGUGGAGACCACUACGAGCUGGUUCCAACCCCUGCACCACGACCACCCUGGCCAUCCGAGUACUCACUCGCCUGCAUCUUGCCGGAUGGCCAGGUCGAGCUGACCAAUGCUGGUGGUUGCACCCGUCGGGUGCAUGGCCACAACCUGAAGCUAUACCUCAAGAGCGACGUGGAUCCGCUCUUGGAGGCACCUGUUCCUACACCUCCCUGAGUAUCCACCAGGGGCGUCCAGCUAAAAGACGGUAAAGAAGCGCUUAUGGGGAGGCAACCCCACCACGGUUUUAAUCUCUUUCUUUUGUUUUGAGUUGGAUUGUAAACCGGUUUGGGUUUAGUUUCUUUCUUUUUAUUUUGGAUGCUGUACUAUUGGGCUUACCAUUAGACCUGACGUAUUGUGUUUGAGCUCUUUGGUUUCCUUUAGCUGUGCUUGUCUUGACUGGUCCUCUCUCCAGUCCGCUUCACUCCGACUGGUCCGUUUCCAGUCUCCUGCAGUCCGUACAUACCGGUAACAUCGUUCCCCUUUCCUUCCCUCUUCUCCAUUGAGGGCAAUGUCGAUCUUAAGUGUGGGGGGAUGUUUAUCUUUUGACUGCAUUAGAUCUGUUUGUGUGCUUGGAGCCUAGUCCACUGUCCAAAUUUUUAAAUUUGAGGGCUCCAAGUACGUGUUCCUUGCAAUUGCCUGCUCAGUAUGCUUUGAAUUGACAGUCUUUAUAGUAAUAUGCAACCUAGGGAGGUAGUGUAGCACUAUGGAGGAUGUUGAUGCAUUUAAGAAGUCUCAUUUCAUCUUCAUAUUGUGUUGGUUGAUUGUACGAAUUAGUGAUCUUAGGACUCUUGAAUUGUGUGGUGAUGUGGACUCUCUACCUGUCAUGGACUCUUGUAUCAUGUUUUUGAAAUAAAAGGUGCUCGAAAAUGUGCUUUAAAAUAACGUCUCCCGUGCGAAUAGGGCGAAAGUGUGUAAGGGGAGACGGGAAUCCUUUCCCAAUUUCCACCUACUACCUCCAGCCCCCUUACAUCUCUUUCCCCUGCACGAGGCUCGAGACAUCCGCUCCUGGCAUGGCCGGUAAGAGCCGGGCUCCCGCAAAACCUCUGCUAGGUGGGAGCCCCCAUUUUCUGAAAAGCAAGUUGGGACCCUUGAAAAAAAAAACAGAAAACAAGCAAAACAGAAAGAAAAGGGGUUCCAACCAUCUUCAAGAAGGAAAUAGAGCACCUUAAAAAGGCGAGUCCAUGAUUUUUUGUUUUUGAGAGUCCACUCGUCCAUGAUUCAUUUGUCCUCUGCUCACUAUUUGCCAUGAUGCCGACUCGAGACUAGCGUUCUCGCCGAAGGAGCUAUGAGAUGACUUGUGCGUCGGUUGACCUCGUGAGCUGCUAAAUGAUCUAGGACGUCUUGUUUGUUGCUAUAGAGGUCUGGAGAGUUGCAUUGGUUUGAGCUAGGUUUGCUUGGGGACAAGCAAACGGUUAAGUGUGGGGGAGUUUGAUAGACCGAUAAUUACACAUGUUUUCACCCCUAUUCUUGAGCCGUUUGAGAGGUUGACUCUCGGGUUUUAAGCCGAUUUCACGCGAGGUUGUGUGUUUAUGUCGUAUUUCAGGACCCGGCGUUGGAAUCGAGGUGAAGGAGCAAGAUUCUGGUCGAAAGGAGCAAGUGAGGCUUGAAGUGUGCUGGAGGAAGAAAAUACCCGGCCAUGACCAAAAUACCCGGCCGGGUAUUAUUCUGAGGAGGCCGGGUAUUUAUUGUUUUGGCACCCGUGAGAAACAGGAGGGGUCCCGGGCUGGAGGCAAAAAUCCCCGACCAGGGAUUCUUGGGACAGACCGGGUAUUUUUCCCUUCCUCAAAACGUGCGUUUCAACUAUACCUGGUCGAGACCCAAAAUACCCGACCGGGUAUCACGACAGGCAGCAGUUUUAAGGGAAAAGAAGGCUGAAAAUCAAGGGAUUCGAGUUUU